GGAAGUGGGACGCACCGGUUUACACGUGUGUAAAAACAAAGCAUUGAAGUGAAUUUUAAUCGUUUUUAAACUGCGGAUGGCUUUCUGGGAUAAAUAAACAAAAUGGCAACGUCUCGUCUUUUGAUCAAAACCCUUUUAUCCCACUGUCCCGAUCCCGAAAAUGUAAUCAAUACUUUGAGCUGGCCAAGUACUUCAUUGCCAGACAUAGAGACGAUUGAAGCAUUAACAGCUGUCAUCCAGGAGCUUUCCAGUAAAUUACAUCCAACAGAGGAUCGGUUUAUUUGUAAGGUGCAGUCUGUGAUAUGGGAUCAGUGCAUGCCACUACUAAAAACGAUUUCGAGUGCAGAUAACGGAGGUAAGGAUCUGCUCAAUGCUGUCUGUGGGCUGUUUGCUGUAUGUGUCGGUGUAUGUCAGACUGAUGUACCUGAGCAGGUGUCUCAGACUCUUCUGCCUGUGCUGAUGAUGAGAGAUGAAGGCAGAAGUAGCUUUGACGUGGAUGUUGCCACUGAAGUCACAGCAGUGUUGCUCUCCAGCAUCCCAUACAACAGAGACAUCAUCUCCAGGACUCUGGCGUGCACACUUUGCUGUGUUAAAGAUUUUUCAGACUCCAGGGUUUCCAAAAUCAUUGUUCGGAUCUGGUUCACCAUACUGAGGUCCUGCGGUAAAGAUGAAGAAUCAGAGAUGCUGCAUCAGAUCUGGGAGGAUUUGUUGUCAUGGCAUCAGAGAGAUCAGACAGAAUUGGUGUCAGCUCGGGUUCUGCUGUGUUUUACUGCUCUGUCUGAUCACCUGUAUUCUCUGGAAACCUCCUCGUCUGGGAACCGACCGGACCCUAGGAGAUCACAGGGGUUUUUCAGGGCAGUUCAGGCCGGACUGACACACAGAGACAGUGUGACCCGCAAACGGGCGCUUUACCUGCUCACCCGCUGUGUGACCCAGGCAGAUAUCAGGGGAGAAGAUGUGGGCACCUGUCAGACACCUGACACAGAUGAAGUCUUGUUUAAAUGGACAGCAGAGAAGAGACAGUUACUGAGGGAAUUCUGGGAAGAUUAUGCCUUAGUACUGGAAACACUUGAAGAAAACCAGAUUCACGUGAUUCGACCCGUUCUCAAAAGGAUCGAUAUGCUCGUCGAAACAACAUCAACUGACAUCCAAGGUGGCCUGUUUUCCCCAUCCUGGUUGCUGUGUGUGUAUGAGCGCAUGUUUCACAGCGAGAACAAAGCCGUUAUGAAGGAAGGAGUCAAUCAUCUGUUAGAGCUGAAAGCACUUCAUCAUCCUGCGUUUGCUUUUGCAUUCUCACAGUUUAUAGUCGGUCCUCUCAUUGAUGUUCUUGCAGAGAGCUCUCUCUAUCACAGAGGAGCUCAGCAGAAUCUCAGAGAUUGUCCGGAGCUGGGAAGAAAACUCCAAACCUUUAUAGUGAAUUUCUUCGACAGUUUGCCAGAAGAGAAAAGAGGCUCAGUAUUGCUGCAGCUCAUCCAGCGGUUGGGUUCACGUCACUGGUGCGCCGUCCCUUUGCUCUUCAUCUCUCAGGCUCUGAGUUGUCUGUCUCUACGUCCUCUACUUGACUCUGAUGGGCUCCAAGCAUUCAGAGAGGUUCUCCGCUGUACUAUGAUCACUCAUCAGGUUCUUUUGAGAGGAGCUUCACAGUGUUUUCUGCUUCACGCUGCCCUCUGUCAGACAGAUGUGUCAGCGGUCUCUUUAAAUGAUGUUUUCAGUUUUCUUGUGCAUUUUCGAGCUGAAGAAUCUCUGUGUCGGGGUACAGCACUUUGGACUGAGCUUUGUGAAUGGCUGCAGACAAAUGAAGAGCGCUUUCAUUCAGGUUCUUCUGAGGAUCUUCAUAUUGAAUCCUCACACAGUAAAAGAGCUUCCAUAUUCAGUCACGUCCAGCAGCGACUCAACACCUUCCUCACGGUUCCAGCCAACUCAGACCAAACCGGAAAGUUGCCUGAUCCAGGAGAAGCAGAGCUGCUGGCCCGGGCCAUACUCCUCACAGCAGACAUGCAGCAAAGCAUAGAUAAACAGAUCGAGGCUGUGGAUCUAAAAGAUCUUCUCCGACCCCUGCUGGACAUCUUACACAGACUCAGCACCAACGUUUAUCUGCUGCUGCACAAGACCGAUAAAAGCCUGCAGUUACUGCUGCGACUGCUGCAGCUGCAAGGCAAAGCCAAAGAUCCAGAGAAAGAGGAUGUUGUGGCUUUGGCUUUGAAGACACACGUGCUGUCUGCAGUGGAGUCAGUCCAGGAAUUUCUGCUGAGGAGGUUAAGCGGAGAACUUAAGGAGUUGUGUGAUGUGGAGAGGGCUGAACUUUACCUCUCGGUAUUAAGAGAGCUGGUUGUGAGUUACUCCGGUGUGUCGUGGUACAGUUCAAAUCUGCAGCAGAACUACAUCCCAAAACUUGCCAACAACUGCCUAAAGAUCCUGAAUGAACCCUAUGAACAACAGAGUCCAUCUGUAUCAGGACCGGUUCAGAGAGCGGUUAGUAUGGCCACGCUUGCCUUGCUGUGUGAAAUUGCUGAUCAAGGUCUACUGAACUCCCAGUCUGAGGCUACGAGAUCACUGUAUUCACUUACUGACUACUUCUACCCUUCUUCUUCAUCAUCAUCAUCUCUUCAACGUCUCAACCAGACCUUGAUGAAGCCCACAGCUGCAUCUGAUUCUGACUCAGAUAGUCAUACAGUGGACAGCCCUGUGCUGAAGGACUGGGGGCGAAUUGUUGCCCAGUUUAUUGGAGACCAGUGGACGUGUUUGAGUUUCCUGCAGAAGUCCGUUCCUGUUGGACCCCUGCCGACCCCUGAAGCCCCCGAGGUCCUGCGGGCUGCGGUCGAGGCUCUGGCUUUACUGCCCGGUCACCUCGCGCUUCCAGUGCUGGACUUCAUGACAAGAGUUUUUCCACAGGUGGCGCACUGUGAUGAAUCUUUGUGUGUGGAGGCUGUAUGUGCAUCAUGGAAAGUAGUUCAGGCUUUGAGCACAAACCCUCAUGACUUCUGGUCCACACUGCAGGGAUUUGUGCGCUUGGCUUUUAACCGGGAGCUGCUACAACUGACGGAGGAGCAGAACCCCAAAAUCACGGCUUGUAUUCAACAGAUUGUGAGCGAGCUUAUGGAGUUGGCUCAGGUCCGGUCGGGUGUGUUUAAUAUUCUGAUCCAGCAUUGUUGUGAGAUGUGGCUUUCCUCUGGGGCAGAAGAUGAAGUCCAGACAGAUGUUGUGUUCAGCAGCGCUCUCUCAUACAUCAACAUUCUGACUGAAGCCUGCAUAUAUGGCCCAGUGUUCAGAAGAGACCAAAGACUGAUUCAGGAAGUUCAAAGCUACAUCGAGCAGCUUGGUGAUAGUUGUGCAGCAAACACAGCCGUCAAGAGUGAUAACAGAGACGAUCAGUUUCCUCGCGUGUGUGUUUUGGCUUUCUUGUGCCGUCUGAACCCAUCCAAAAAGCUUCACCAGCGUUUGAUGCAAGAGCUCGUGCAGCGACUGCUGAAAAAGGAUGAAGAGAUUUCAAAAUCCAAAGUACGUUACUAUAGCAACUCCAUCCAGCACAGAGUAAAGAACCGCGUGUGGCAGACGCUGCUGCUGUUACUGCCGAAACUGACAACGGAGUUUGUAUCAGAAUGUGUGUUGAGUCGUGUUUGUGAGGCUGGCUUCUGCAGUAACCAGGCUUCAGUUAAAUAUCUCAUUGAGUGGACCUUGAUUUUAAUCCUCCAUCAGAACCCAUCACACAUCCAGAGCCUCUGGAACUGCUUCAAUUUGGAUCAAGAGAAGACAAAAACGAGUAUCUGCACAUUUCUGUCGGUUCUCGUGCAUUUGAACGUCCUCCUCCCAAAACUGGAUGAGAAGCAGGUUCAGUGGCAGAGAGGCGUGGAGGUGACCCUUCAGUGGUGUUUCAGCCAUAACUUCAGUGUCCGUCUCUACGCCCUGCUCGCCCUCAAGAAGGUUUGGGAGCUGAAAGACGCAGAUGUGUUCAGUGAAGAAAAACUGGGCGGUCUGACCACAGUGGUCCAGGCCUGCUUACAUCAGGCUGAAGCCAUGCAAAACACCGGCAAUGCCAUGAAAAACUGGUCAAGAAUCCAGGAUCAUUUCUUCUUUAGUGUUUUCCAUCCCAUCAGGGAUUACAGUGUGGAGACAAUAUUUGAGACCUUUCCUCGCCUCUCAGAGCUGGCAGAAGAUGAGUGGCUUCCAGUGUGGAAAUUUAAGAGCUUUGUUAACUUUCCCCUGUGUGCCAGCCUGCCUUUAAAGAACCCCGUGAUGGAUCUGAGCGAGCAUCAGUCUGGAGAUUGGACCCAGCAGGAUAAAGGUGAGAUGGAGCAGGAGGAGCGCUGGGCAGAAGUUCAGAAAAAAAUCACUCCGUGGAAGCUGAGCGUGCAGGAGCAGGAACCUGAGCUCAUGGCCCAGCAGAGGGCAGCACGCCUGGGCAAACUCUCAAGCGACCUUCUGGUGGUUGCAUCUCUCAUUGAUAAGCCAACCAAUCUCGGUGGUUUAUGCAGGACAUGUGAGAUCUUUCGAGCCAAAGCUUUGGUUCUGGACAGUCUGAAACACAUUAAUGACAAACAAUUUCAGGCGCUCAGUGUGUCAUCAGAGUUGUGGUUGCCAUUACUGGAGGUGAAGCCAGUGGAGCUCUCAGACUUCUUGCAGCAGCAGAAAAGAGAGGGAUAUUGGGUUAUAGGUGUUGAACAAACAUCCAACAGCCAGAAUUUACAAGAUUACAACUUUCCUGACAAGAGCCUUCUGCUACUCGGUAAUGAAAGGGAAGGCAUUCCUGCAAAUCUUCUUCAGCUGGUAGAUGUUUGUGUGGAGAUUCCUCAGCAAGGUGUCACACGCUCCCUCAAUGUGCACGUGAGCGCCGCCCUGCUGGUGUGGGAAUAUACCCGGCAACAUUUAAACCCAAGCACUGGAUCAUGAAGCCAUCAUAUUUACUUUCUGAACACUUCUCUGUGUUUUAGCAGGAAACAGUAUUUGAUAUCCUGAUGUCAGUAUUUAAAAGGUGUUGCGUUAUACAACCCUGUUCAGAUAGAAAAGCUUUCAAAUGUAUGGCACACUUUUGCUACAGGGGUCAUUGUUAUGAGCUUUUAAAAAUAAUUUUUGAUGAAUUUGUAUGUUACCCCUUGAAUUUUAAAAUGACUUUUAAGUACAAUAAAACAC